UACAAACGAAGUGGUGUCGUGUCUUGAGUCCUUCCCACUUUAUAUUUGUCUCAUAACCCAACCUUUGCCGAACUUAACGGCGAUUUCUCCAAUCCUUCAAUUCCACCUUCAUCUUCUCAACAUCCUCUCCAUCUUUAUAUUUUCACACCUUCUUCACACCCCAUUUCCUUCUCUUUCUCUCUCUCUCUCUUAACAAUGUCUCAGGUAGUGGCCACUCGAUCCAUUCACACCUCCCUCACGCGCCCCACUUCAGGAUCUGCACACCACAGGGCUCAAACGUUGUUGAAGCCUCCAACUUUUGCUUCCAAAGUGCUCCCACUUCAAAGGAACAGCCCCUCCAAGGUUUGUUCCCGAAGUUGCCUCGUCAAUGCAAGGAAAUCUGCACCCACUGAAGUCGUUCCCGUGUCCCCCGAGGAUGAUUCAAAGAUUGAGGAGGAGUUGCAGCACUUGCGUGGUAUACAGCAACUUAGUGACACUUCUGUUGGAAUGUGGUCCAAACCCACGUUUAGGAGGAAGACGAAGAUUGUUUGCACCAUUGGUCCUUCUACCAACACCAAGGAAAUGAUUUGGAAGCUGGCUGAGGCUGGGAUGAAUGUUGCCCGUUUGAAUAUGUCUCACGGAGACCAUGCUUCUCAUCAGAAAGUUAUUGAUUUGGUUAAAGAGUAUAAUGCUCAAUCCAAGGACAAUGUAAUUGCAAUUAUGCUUGAUACCAAGGGUCCUGAGGUUAGGAGUGGAGAUUUGCCACAACCAAUCAAUUUAACAACUGGGCAGGAAUUCACUUUUACCAUCCGGAGAGGUGUUGGAACUGCAGAUUGUGUUAGCGUGAACUAUGAUGAUUUUGUCAAUGAUGUGGAAGUGGGGGACAUGCUUCUUGUCGAUGGUGGUAUGAUGUCUUUGAUGGUCAAGUCUAAGACAGAAGAUUCUGUGAAAUGUGAAGUUGUUGAUGGAGGAGAGCUCAAGUCAAGGAGACAUUUGAAUGUUAGAGGAAAAAGUGCAACACUGCCUUCCAUCACUGAGAAGGAUUGGGAUGACAUCAAAUUUGGAGUGGAUAACAAAGUUGACUUCUAUGCUGUUUCUUUUGUUAAGGAUGCCCAAGUAGUUCAUGAACUGAAGAAUUAUUUAAAAAGCUGUGAUGCUGAUAUACAUGUCAUUGUAAAAAUUGAAAGUGCAGACUCUAUACCAAACUUGCAUUCAAUUAUUACAGCAUCUGAUGGGGCCAUGGUUGCAAGAGGAGAUCUUGGUGCAGAGCUUCCUAUUGAAGAGGUUCCACUUUUGCAGGAGGAGAUAAUCAGCAUAUGCCGUAGCAUGGGAAAGGCUGUUAUUGUGGCAACAAAUAUGCUUGAAAGCAUGAUUGUUCACCCAACACCAACCAGAGCCGAGGUAUCUGAUAUUGCAAUUGCUGUUCGAGAAGGUUCUGAUGCCGUGAUGCUUUCUGGGGAAACUGCUCACGGAAAGUUCCCACUAAAAGCCGUGAAAGUAAUGCACACUGUAGCAUUACGGACUGAAGCCACUAUACCUGAUGGUCAAAUGCCACCUAAUAUAGGUCAAGUAUUCAAGAAUCACAUGAGUGAGAUGUUUGCUUACCAUGCAACCAUGAUGUCUAAUACCCUUGGAACCUCAACUGUUGUCUUCACUAGAUCAGGCUUCAUGGCUGUCCUUUUGAGCCACUAUCGACCUUCAGGCACCAUAUUUGCCUUUACAGAUCAAAAGAGGAUACAACAGAGGUUGGCUUUGUAUCAAGGAGUCUGUCCUAUUUACAUGGAAUUCUCUGAAGAUGCUGAAGAGACUUUCACAAGAGCCUUGGAUUUGCUGCAGAAGCAAGGAAUGGUGAAAUCAGGAGAAGAAGUAGCACUAGUACAAAGUGGGAGGCAACCCAUAUGGAGGUUCCAAUCCACUCACAAUAUCCAGGUCCGAACGGUGUAAACAAAAAAGGUGAAGAGAGGCUUUCAGGACACACCACAUUUUAAUUUUAGAAGAGCAUGCUCCCUUUAGUGGGUUGAUGCCAAUUGCAUUUUGGUUGUUUGUUUGUUGCCUAGGUUUUUCUUUUAUUGCCUUCUUCUUGCCAUUUUUUCGGUGAUUUUCUAUAUUUAGCACGGACAUUAGACAUAUGUUAGUACUUGUCAUUGAAUUUUUUAUAAGAAAUUGGAAUGAUAAAUGCUUUCAGUCA